AUGCCACGACCAAGGCGGGCGCGUCAGGCGCCGCUCACCACCGACUCAAAUCCACCCGAGCCUGCUGCCGUAACAGAUGACCAAGAUGAACAGCGCGGCCGUACGAGAGGCCGCACAAGGUCGACGCGAUCUGCGGGAGCUCGUCUGCGCCUUGACGAGGAAGACGCCAUUCGUGCAGCCAACCAGAGAAGGGAUGCGGCUCUAGACAGUCUUGCGAACGAGGACCCUACGUCUACAGCUGGCCCCGAUGACACGAGAAGCUCGAUUGAAAUUGGACGACGCGCCAUGGCUACGCCUGCUACGAGAAGGGAUACCACUGGCCUGGAUCUGGCCGACGACGAUGUAUUCGGGGACUUGGGCGACAGUUUUGCGGACGGAGAUAUUCCUGACCCCCCCCAUUCAGCGGCCAGCUCCUCCGGGACCCUUAGCCACUUCAAAACACGACCCAGAUCUCGCCAGUCCAGCAUAAUCGGACGCAACGACCCUCCCAUUCGACCCAGCAGCAGGGGCACCAACACGCCCGGUGUCAGCUCUUCGUUCAACAUUGGCAUCUUCCGAAGACGCGCCCGAGAGCCGAGCAUCCUGGCUACAUCUCGACGACCACGCUCGCAAACGGGCAGUCUGGCAGGCAGUGCGGCGAGCAGCAGAGCAGGGAGCGUAGCACGGGACUCUGAGCUUGAAAGCGAGGGCGAAUUCGCACCAGAAGCCGAGUCGACACCUCUGAAUCCGAGGCGUCGAUCAAGACGUGGUCAGGCACAUGUGGCACGCGAUCGCGCGCCCUCGCCCUCGCCUGAAGGACGCAGGCGCUCACUCAGAAAGCGAAAGAGCGAUGGAAAUGCGCAAUCCGAAAGCCCCCGACCCGAGAAGAUUGCGCGCGUCGAAGCCAACGGCGGCAUAGACAUCAGCGACUCCGAGCUCUCUGAGUUGGCGUCGCCGUCGCCGCCAGCAGCUCAUUUUGCCAGAGCGGCCACGCCUAUCAAUAUGGAUGAAAUCAAUGCCCCCCCCGCCAGCAGUGACUCUGAAGCAGAUGAUGGUGUCUGGCCAGAUAUCCACUCACUUGCCAAGAAACACCGCCGCCCAUCUAUCAAUACGCCUCUCAGAAACAAUAGGGACGACCUAUCUGACGUCUCAUCACCGCCAUCGCUGACGCACUCUCCCAACUAUGCUACCCGGGCCCGAGGCUCCAAACACCAGCGUUCUCAGCAGCCCACCACCGCUGACCUCACAAGCCUGCUCCCUAAACGGCGAUAUAAGCGUAACAGGGAAGAAUCCGAUAUUGACACCGAAGAGGACGACGACGAGGAUACCGGACCAAGACGCAGAAAAGGCAGUCGCCCUCCAAGCAGAACUACUUCCCGUCAGGGGCGGAACAUCCUCAAACCAAAGCAAACCCCCGCCUCUGUGCGGCGCUCCGCCAGGACAGCCUCGAAAACAUACCGCCCCGAGGAGGACAAGGAGAAUGAGAGUGAGGAGGAGGAGCAGGAUAAUAGUCAGUUCCAGCCCCUUCCGGACGAUACGUUUGAUGUCGGGGCGUCUGUGAUUGAGGAUAUCCAGAAUGCGGAGGAGCUGAAGAGAGCGAGUAGGAAGUUUGAGGAGGUAGAUAGAUGGGAGUUGUCGUUUGAGGAGGUUACCGAGUCGUCAUCGCCACUAGGAGCGCGGUGA